ACUUCCCACUCUUCUUUAGCACAAAUCAGACUUGAGCAAAAACAACUUUUUCCAUAGGAUCAGUUAUAAAAAGAAUGGCAAGGGCAAUGACCAACUUAGUUUAUUGGUUUUAUCAGGGAAAGUAGACUCACCAAAGGCUUGCGAACAUUUCUGGUCAAAGCACUGGCUGGCUUAUUCAUCUCUAUAUGGUCAAUCGUGGUAUUUCUCCAGGACCAAAGGCACGGACUGGUUAGUGAAGAAUGCUGUCAGAAGGCUAUCUCAGUGGACUUGCGUACCGGAAUGACAUCCAGUGGAGUUAUCCAUCUUCUAAUGAGCAAGUGGCUGAGGAAAAGGAAGAGGAGAUGGAAGCCACAGCAGCUGCCAGUCUUUCCUAUUCCUCCGUGGAUGAAACACAAGUCCAAAAUCUCUAUGUGAGCUGCAAAUCCUCUGGCAAGAUCAUUUCUUCAGUGUAUUCAAGAGAGAGCCAACAUAGUAGAAAUCCAAGAAUCACAGUGCUGCAAACAAACCCCAAUCCUGUGUAUGAAAGCCCAAACUUGGCCGCAGUUGAACUAUACAGAGACACCAGCAAAGAGACCUACUUGGUCCCACCUUCCUGCAAGAGUAUCUGCAAGAAUUACAAUGACCUACAGAUUGCAGGGGGCCAGGUGAUGGCCAUUAAUUCAGUGACAACCGAUUUCCCCUCUGAGGGCAGUUUUCAAUAUGGUCCUUUGCUGAAAUCAUCUGAGAUUCCUUUGUCCAUGGAGGAUUCCAUGUCCACUCAGCCCAGCGACUUGCCACCCACCCCUAUCCAGCGGUAUUCAUCCUACUGGAGAAUAACCAGCAUCAAAGAGAAAAACAGCCUGCAAAUGCAGAAGCCUAUUUCGAAUGCCGUGCUGAAUGAAUACCUGGAGCAGAAGCUGGUGGAGUUGUAUAAGCAGUACUUUAUGGACACUGGGUUUCAUGACAGUUCACCUACCCAGAUUCUGGCAUCUGAACUCAUCAUGACAAACGUGGACCAAAUCAGUAUUCAGGUCUCUAUAGAGAAGAACCUGGAGAUCUCGAAAGCCAGGGAUAUCGUCAUUAACCGCCUAUUACAGUAUGGGUCAACCGAAAUCAGCACACCGAGUCUCCAUAUUUCUCAGUAUAGCAAUGUGAAUCCAUAGAGAGGGUGCUUCCACUGCUCUUUCUCAACUACUCAAAUCCUAAGCAACAAGUAUUCAUUUAUUCUGAGAAUGUGCAGGAAGGGGUUGGCAAGGGGUAGAGAAGAAAAGGUUGGUUGCAGGUCAGGUAUGAAUUAAGAGGAAAUCUCAUAAUAUUACAUGUGAAGGAAUGUGGGGAGAGGAGCUAUAAUGACUUCCAAGUGAGGGCUGUACGGAAACAAAGCAAAAAUAAAAAUGAUCACAAAAGAAGGUAUGAUUCAUAUAAGGGAAUACA